AUGUCUCUUUUCCGAAUCGAUAAAAGCCUACUACUGAUGAAAAUGAACUAUUUUUUUGGAAUAGGUGGUAAGGAUAAUUAGUUUAUAUACUUAUUUUAUAGUCUUCAAAUCAUAACAUAGGUAGAUAGUUAAAAAUCGGCAAAAUUUUACAUACCAGUAGGUUUUACUGGCGGUCUGUUUUAACUAACGUAAUUACCCUACACAAUGUUAUUUAAUAUAUCGGGGGUGGAUUCAGAGAGGCGGGGUAGACUAUAUUUUAAUAAAAUAAAAACAAAGACGUCGUAGGACGAGUUUUAUAGACGGGUGCCACCACUGUUAUAGGUAAUUUAAUGUAUACCUGUAACCAACGAUAAACUAUUGCUAACGAAAAAACGAUUCUGAGCGCAGUUCAGUUGAUAGUGAUGCUUUGUCAACAAUAUAUAUGUCAUAUUAUGGAAAAUAAUUAAAUAGGCAUUAAUUAUUUUCUUUACAAUAUGUGUUUAAUAUUGUACCGAUUUUCUCAUGUUUUUUUUCCGAUUUUUCCCAUUUAUUAGGAAAACUCCUGGGAAAAAUCGAAAAAUGACCUCUUUAAAAUACCUUCCCAGUUAAAUUUUAUUUUAGAAAAAGUGUCAUAAUUUUAAAUCGGAACUAAAUUGCUGGAAGAAAAGAUGUACACAGAAAUUAAGGCCAUAAUAUUUUUUUACUAAUACCUACAUUUCGUACAUUUUCAGUUUUUUCGACAUUUAAUCCAGGUUUUACCCAGAUAUAAGAAAACGCUUAAAAAAUCAAUAAAAGACUUCUCUAAAUUAUCACGGAGAUAAAAUUUCCUUUUAGAAAUUAAACUUAACUAGACAAAUCAGAGCAAGAUUUCUGGUAGAAAAGUUUACAUAACAAAUCGAGGGGUAUUUUGCGAUUGAAAUAUUCCGAGAAAGCGAUUGCUUGGGCCUCUGGGUGCAUCCAAAAUUCAUUUUUUUUCCUUUGUUUAGUUAAAAGGGAAAAAAAUACGAAAAAUUUGUUUGUCACACAGGUUUGAACUCUGAACUCUUAGGAUCAUAAUAAGCUUAAUAACCAUUAGUUUACAAUAAAUAUGGUGCGAUUUAAAGUUAUUUAACAAAACAUAUAAUAUCCGCAUAAUAUCAGUACUUCAAAAAGCUACAAUUUUGAAACUUAGUCAGUUCGCUUAAUUUUUGCUUCACCAUUAUUCUUAAAUAGGCAAUAUUCAUAUGUUCAAAAAAAAAAAAAUUUUACAACAUUAUUUGUCAAAAUUUGAUAUUAAAAUUCCCUUAUAAAAAAAAAAAUACUACAUUAAACUCAAUUUUUUUUUUUAUCACAAAGUAAGACUCUUAAUGAACCUCCUGUUCAAUUUUGAUUAAUUUCUGUUCAUGUCUAACAAUUUUAUCACAGAGUACCUACCGAAUAAAUAUUACGUACAAAACUCUCAAAAUUAAAAUGUCUAAAAAAUACAUCAAAAAUGGCCUAAACUUUUUAAAAUUUUACCAUGUCUACAAAAGAAGAAUAUAAGUUUUUUUUUCAGAUUUUAAGUCCAUCAAGUUGAUACAAAUAUUUUAAACAAAAUGUUAACAAAAAAAUCAAAAUGUUUAUAAAAACCUAAAAAUGGCUUAAAUGUUUUGAAAUUUUACCUCGUUUAGAAAAGACAAAUAUAAAUUUUCUGUCCAAAUUUCAAGUCUCUACGAAUAUUUUUAUCUGAGUUACAACAAAUAACAAAAUUGAAAAAUAAUAAAAGCAUUAUUUUCGUAAAUUUCCCGUUUUUCUUACGUUUUAUCCUGAUUUUUUCCAAAUAUUAGGAAAAUCACUUGGAUAAUCAAAAAAUGAUUUCCCAAAAGUACCAUCUGAAUAACAUUCCCUUUCAGAAAUGAUGCCGCGCAUAUAUAUAUCUGAGUAAGAUUUAUGGUCGAAUUUUCGUACACAGGAUAAAAAAACAAAAAAAAUAUUAACGUCAUAGUAAAACCAAUACACUCUUCGCUACACCCAUAAUCUAAAAUUAGUAGGUAUCUGUUAAUAUGUCUUAUUUUUUAUUGUAUGCUUAAUUUAGUAUUUUAAGAUUAAGAUCAUUAUUUAUUUAUUUAUGAGUACUUAAGUAUACUUUAGUAUCUAAAGUAACUAUAAUGUACUAUAAUGUACAUUUGUACUUUUUGUUUGCAAAAAUAGGCGUAAGCUGUAUAAUUAUGUUACUGAAGUCAUUUAGGUUUGGUCGCUUAGAAAUUCAGACAUUAUCAAAAUUUAAUUUGAUUGAAUUGAAAACUAUACACUUUUGCAACUAAAUAAUGCAAAAAGUGCGAAAUAUUUCAAACUCAGCGAUAGCCCUACUCUCCGGCGGGUCUGAUAAGCGUGGACGCCCUAUCUCAGCAUUUAUAAUUUAUUUUUAUUCAUUAUAGUCUAUUGUACCAUUAUAUAUUUGGCUGUUAAUCUUUGUGAUUUGUUGUAAACAAUUUUAAUUAACUAUCCAUUGUCAUUUGUUAAACUGUUAAAUAUGUUAUUUAAUAUUAUCAAUAAGUUAGAUGACUUUUGUUAGGAACACUUUAUAAUAAAACGGGAAAUUUACGAAAAUAAUUUUUUUUUUUAUUUUUCAAUCUUGUUAUUUGGUGUAAUUUAGUUUAAAAUAUUUUUGGAGACUUGAAAUUUAAGUAGAAAAUUUAUAUUUGCUUUUUCUAGAUAUGGUAAAAUUUUCGAAACAUUUUUGCCAUUUUUCAGCUAUUUAUAGACAUUUUAAUUUUGCGAGCUUUAUACGUAAUUUUUAUUUGGUAGGUACUCUGUAGUAAAGUAGUUAGAUUAAACAGAAAUUCUUGAAAAUUGAAUAGAAGGCUCAUUAAGAGUAUUAUUUUGUGGUCAAAAAAAGAAUGUUUGAGUUUAAUGUAUUAUUUUUUUUUAUAAAGGAAUUUUAAUAUCAAAUUUUGACGAAAAUAGUUGAGUAAAAAAUGAUGUGGAACAAAUCUAAUUUUUCAAUGUUUUUUUUCGAACAUAGGUUGUAUAUGGUGAAGUCAUAAUUGAGCGGACAUAUUUAAAACUUCCAAGUGGCUUAAUAAAUUUUAUCAAAUCAAGUGUCUUAAAGAUAAUGUAUUUUAUGUUUCUUUACAAUUUUUCUAUGUUAAAAUAAAAUCAAUGAUGUCAAUAGAGGUACAAAAAGAUUAAUUUUUAAAUAAAUAUAUAUAUUAUUUCCAUGUAAAACGAUCAAUUAGUAUUAACUUUUUCUCUAUGUAUUCCUUCAUUUAUUUUUUCAUAUUCAGUCGCGUUUUAAUUUUUGACUGUGUGAUUUUAUCUGACGAUGAAUUUUUAAUUCUAAACCGGUCGUACAAAACACAUAUCAUAAUACUCCAAGCGACGAAUUUAUUUAUUUAUUUAUUUACAAAUAUUAACCAUUUAAUAAUUUUGUUUUUACUUUAUUAUUUUAUUAUUAUUUUUAAGUCGACUACAGGAAAUAUUAUCCAAUUACCUUCCGAAAGCAUUAAAAAUGACUUAAUUAACAAACAUAAUAUAUUAAAUUACUCAUCUACACUAGAUUACAGCACACCAGGGCAUUCACGUUGAGUAUAAUGUGGGUUACUCCCUCUCUUUAUAAAAAAUUAAACUGCGAUAAGUGAAAAAGACACAAUAUUGUUUUUACAGUAAACAAAUUAUUGUCUAUACGAUACAGUAGAAUCCGCUUAAUGAGGACACAUCGGGCGGCGACCUAUUUGUCCCCAUUAUCCGACUGUCCCGAUUAGCCGAACUGACGAAAAAAAAAACAACUUUAAAAAAACUAAAAAACUUUAUUUACAAAAUAUAUACAUACUUGAUUCAUACUUUAUUUAAAAAUUACAUAUUAUUAUUAGCAGUUAUACAUUAUAUUUACUAUUUAGUAUAAUUAUAUCGUAAAUUUAUUUAAUAUAUUAUGUACAUACUUAAUUCAUAUUUUAUUAGGCUGCAGAAAAUCGUUCAUUCUUCUUUGCUGUAAUUUUUCAAGACUUUGCUUAUUGAUAAAAUCUGCACAAACAUCUAGUGAAGUUGUUGGGACAUUUUCGUUUCCAUUUUGCANCUUCAUUUUGCAGACUUCUCUCAGCAAUUUCGUCAAGAAUAUUACCGUAAUUCUCAUUUUCAUUCUCAAGCACUGCACACCAUCAUCAAUUUUUAAAAAUAACUUCCCAUUUCCUACGCAUUGCGCUACAUUAUUUUUAAUAGAAACAAAAGGAGGAAUAGGUAGAUCAAUGAGUGUUCUGAAACCGCAAUGUGCAAAACAAUGCUGAAUGAAUGUCCUGAGGGGAAAAUUUUUUAAGAAUUUCCAGUAAUUUAGUUAAAGACCAUUCAUCAGCUCCGUUUGAAUCAGCACUUGAUUUUUCUCCGUGAAAUCGCUUGAAUUUAAUAUUAUUCCGAUCCUUCCAACCUUUUGUGGCCUUAAAAUUACCAUGUCCAAUUUUUUCAGCAAAAAAUUCAGCUUUCUGCUGUAACAUGGGGCCCGAAAUAUGAACACCAUGUUCUGUAACAGCACAAAAACCAUUCGUUCAUAGCUUUGUCUACUUCGGAAUCUUUGCCUUCCAGCUUUCUUUUUCUGUUUACUGGUGCACUAUAGCUGUCGUUUAAUUUUUCCCAUUGUUCACGAAUAGCUUUUUCAUUAUUUUUCAAUCGGCUUAGUACCGAUUUAGACGAGCCUAUUAAUUUCUCUAACUCACGAAGGCUAUGAGGUUGAGCCUUAAUUUUGUCCAAAAUGGAAAUUUUUUCAACCAACGUCAAGUCUUUACGAGACAUAAUUGUUACGCAUUAACACAAACUGGGAUCAAUAAAAAUUUUAAUAAACACACAUACGUCAACACACAGAGACGAAAGAACGUGAACUAAAGGUUUUCGAUUUUGUACGUAGGCUAAUUGACUCUUAUCGUGGUAGUAGAAGAUAAACGUGCAUUACAUUUGUACAUAUACGGACGUAUAUAAAAUAUAAUAGAGCCAUAAAGAUUAGAUAAUUACAGUUUCGAUAAGAAAGUUGAUAAUUUAGGUCAGAAUACCUAGUUAGACGCUUUUAUUUUUGUCCCUUAUAGCCGAUGGUUUGUCCCCAAUAAACGAAGUUAAAUUGCCUUAAACGAAUACAUUCGUUCGGGACUAUGCCAAUUUGUCCCCAUUAAGCGGUGUCCCGAACAAGCGGAUUCUACUGUAUAUACUUAAAAGCGGUUCGGUAUCGGUUUUUUUUUUCGUGAAAAACGGCAGUUCCCCAUUUUUGUCAAAAAUGUACCUUUCCCCUUUCCACUGAUUCACAUUUCCGUUAAAUUAUAAAAUUGGUUUUUUCCGCUAAAAUUGUAUGUUUCCCUUUUCCGCCAAAUGAAAAAUAUUAACAAACAAUUGUAUCAUCAAUUAUUAUUGUUGUAUUAUAAAAAAUAAAUGUCACUGUUGACAACGUGGUUCAAUUUAAAAGUAUCGACUUGAUUGCAUUGUAACGGUUUCAUUGUAUCAGUUUCGUACACUUCGUAUAACUGUAUCGACUGGUAUAACAAUUAACAAGCAACAUAAUCAAUAACGUUGGGAAAUGCGAUGAAUUUAUUAUUGAGUGAAAUCACGGUACGUGAUCUUACGACGGAAAAAAAAAUUAUAAAAAUAAGUUUGAACUUAUACUAUGAUAAAAAAAAGUGAUGAUAUUUUUGAUAUUUUUCGAGUAAAAAAAUGUUAUUAACAACUACUUUUACCUUGUAUUCAAUAAAUAAUAAAUACAAUUUUCAUCAUACAUAAAAAGAAAAAUCUUACCAAUUUGUAAUUUAUUUAUUUGUCUAAUUAAUAAUUGUAAUGUAUACAAUUGCCAAUUAAUAUUCGAAUAUUAGAUUAACUUUUUUCAUUUAAUCGACCAAUUAUACGAUUUGGCGGAAUCGUGAAUCUGCGAAAAAUGGAAAGGUACAUUUUUAGUGGAAACCGGCCAUGCCCGAGAAAAACAUUCAGCCCGGUCUUGUCCUGCGGUUUAUUUCAUCAAUCCGAUUCGGUCCUGGUGUUAAUAUCACUGUAUUGGUCCGGUUCGGUCUUUGAAAACCCGAAUCAUGCAGAUGAACUCUAUUAGCCACGGCUUGCGGGGUUUUAAUAGUGCCUCACUACUAUACCCCUACCCGAACACAAAGGUAGAACAUCUAAUCAAAGAGUUGACGGGGAAUUACGUAUUGUUAUUUUGUUACUUAACAAUUCUAGUUUAUGAAUACAGGUUUCUCGCCGUAUAUGCCGUUUUUGACGACAAUCGCUAGACAACGAGGCUAUUCGGCAUUCGUCGUCGGUUUUAUGAACAUGCUGCAGCCAAUUCCGGGGCUGGUGGCCAGGCCGAUCAUUGGUGCACUUACGGACAGAUACAAAUGCCGCCGUGCGGUGUUUAUUACUUCUAUUGUGCUAAUAUUUUCGUUGAUGUGUAUGCUAUGGGUAAUACCCGGCAAGACGUCGGAUAUAGAACUGAACGAUUUAGACGUGAUCAAGUCGCCGUUGUUUUGGUGGUUCUCCGGAACAAUUUCGUUAAUCAACGCCCUAGCAAUGGUGAAGACUGUACUGGAGGACACGAUUUGCGUGAAUCUUUUGGGUAAUUGAAAUAAACCAAACAAUUUAUUAUAAUGUCUGUAGUUAAUAUAAUUCAAUGUUUCAAUGUUUUGUAAAGACAUUUUAUGCGUGUCAGUGUGCAUUCUACAGCAUAAUCUAUCGCUCUGAAAAUUUGUAUACGCGGAUGAACUGGUUUUAGAACGGAAAUCAACCUCCCCAAAUGUGGCUCAUAUAUGAUGUGAAACUUUUUGUUUAUUUCUGGAUUUGGUUGGUGACCCGGGUGUAAUAAAAAGGGGGACAAACAAGACCGGUUCAAGAACCAAUUAGGCCCGAGGGAUGUAGUUUCAAAAGAUCCCCAUAAUAACGAAACAUUCUAAACAGGGAGAGAUGGAGAGUGACGUUAGUAUAACCAAUAUAUUCUUCACUACGUUCAUAGUCUUGUCAACAGUGCCAAAGAUAUUUUUAAAUUUUAAUUUAUUUGAAAGUAAUACUAUAACGAAAUUAAGUAUUUUUUUGUUUUGUUUUCUAUCAAGGCGAUCAAAAAAAUGAAUACGGAAAACAACGGUUGUGGGGAUCUGUCGGUUGGAGUUUCUUUGCCAUUGUUUCCGGAGUGUGCGUCGAUUGGUAUAGCGAAGGGCAACAUUUAAAAAAUUAUGAUCCCGCGUUUUUUAUUUCAUUGUUGUGUUUUGCCAUCGACAUGAUUUUGGUGUUAAAAAUUAAGGAAAGUUUAAACAUUUGCCUCACUUAAUUCACAAGAGCUUUCUAUGUUACAUGCUUACUCGUAUUUAUAUGAAAUCAACAUCCGAAUCAAUAAAUCGGUGUACUUGAAAACUACGAUUACUCGCAGUGGCGUAUCCAAAAUAUUUUUUUUUUUUGGGGGGGAGGGUCAUACAUUGUUUUUAAAAUGUAUACAUAGUACAAGUCGUACUAUGUAUACAUUGCGAAAUUUUACAAGAAUAUUAAAUUAACAUGUAGUUAUAUGAUUUUUUUUUUUUAUUUAUUUAUUUAGAGAUAUAAACAAUCAAGUCUUGAAAUUUAUAUUUUUUUAAAAACUAUUAUUUUAAGUAAUUAAAUUAUUGAUUACAAUUUACAAUAAGUAGGCACAUAGUUUUUUUGUUGAUUAUUAUUAUAAUUAUAGAAUAUGGCCUAUGGCCCACAUUAACUCGAAUUGAUAUAAGAUUUCAAAGAGAUUGAAGUACCUAGAUAAAAAAUUAAUAUUUUAUUUGAAUUUUUAAAAUUCUUUGCAUUAAAAAUAUUUUAUAAUAUAAUUAGAUAUUUUAUUGUGGUAAGUUGAAAAUUUCUUCUUGGAAAUAUAAAAGACGAAAAAAAUAGUUUUGUGUCUUUUAUAUUAAUUUUAAUUUAAUGAAAAGGUAACACUGUAAGUACCAAACCAAAUCAAGAGACAUGGAUUUUUCACUUCUUAUAAGUUUUCACUUAUCAGUGACAACUGAAAACUUAAUGACUGAAAAUGUGCUUAAUGUUUAGAUCACAGAAUUUCUGAAUUUCUGAUUUCUGAAAUUUUUGAAAUGUCCAAAAAUGUCCAUUUGGAAAUUUCUCAAAAAUAAAAUUUCCGAAAUUUAACAUUAAAUCGUCUAAAACAGACGAAUACGGAUAAUAAAUCCACGUAUAUUAAACCUACAUACGUUAGUACAUAUUUUUUAUUCCCGUGUACAUGCACUCUAUUUUCACGUAUUCAUAUAAAAAUGCACGUUUUUAAUCAAAGACCUCCAAAAUUUACUGUAUGAAUACCAAUUUAAAUAAGUUUUCCCCAUAUCAGGUUAUACAAGAGAACGAUAAUACAGUCAUGAAUUCCAAUGUUAGCAAAAUAUUCGCCGAAGGUAAAGUAAUCGCUUUUCUCCUUUGGGUCAUCAUGUUUGGAUUUUUCAUGUCUUUCGUAUGGAACUUUGUAUUUUGGUAUGCGAACAACGACAAUGAUUUCAUGCACCAUUUAUUCGCUGUCUUAUUCUGUAUAGGUACCUUGAAGACUUGUCCGAUCAAUACCACCCCGAAACGAAAUCGCAGAUGAAGACGCUUCAAGGUUUAUCGCUAAUUGUCCAAUGUUUUGCAGGCGAAGUACCGUCGUUUUUCCUAUCAAGUACAUGAUUUAUUGGAGGGCUAUACAAAUCCGAAAUGUAAAACCCCGGAAUGUAAUAACCUGGACUGUAAUCUUUCGGAAUAAAAAACGACGGAACGUAAAACUUCGGAAUUUAAGAUGCCGGACCAUAAAAGUCUGUAAUGUAAAACUGCGGAAUGUAAUAAUCUGGAAUAAAAAAAUAUGGUUCUCAAAAUUGUCAGUAGCGAGUCGUCAAUAACGAUGUCUAUCCAUGUAGCUGUUUAUGUCUAUCCAAGUAGCUCUCUUCAUGGUAUAUAAUCUAGGGUUAAAAUAUAUUAACAUGAAUUAUUUUAUCAACUGCUAUAUUUGUAAUCAUGGUAAUCAAAAGUAGGAACGAAUAAUAAUGAUAAUAUAAAUAUUUAAAUUUGAAAAUACAUAAAAUCAUUCUAAGUUUGUUAUCACGAUUUAAUAAUUUGCAGAGAAUUUAGUUUUCUAAGUUGUACAUUAUUUAGAUUUUGUUAUCUUCGGAAAAACUACCGAACGCAAGUUAAUUCAAGUUAGUAUAGCUAAGCUAUUUGAGAACCAUUGAUUUUUAUCUUUUUCCGGAUUUUUAUGUUCUGAAUCAUUACAGUCCGGAAUACUAAGUUCCGCAAUUUUACAUUCCGGUGUUUUACUUUCUGGAGGUAUACCGUCUGAGUGUUUACUUUCCGGAUUAUUAUGGUUUUAGACAUUACACUUUCUAGAAUUAUAUGGUCCGGGAUUUAGCAUUCUGGCGUUUUAUUUUAUAUAAUAUUACAGGACGUAUUACUUUCUGGAUUUUUAACGUUCCAGCCAAUUAUUUUCCGGGCAAUUACGGCCUCCCGUUUUAUUAAUUUUUUACUUUCAAUUUUUUCCAUUGUGUUUAAUCGCCGUAUUCGUAUCCCACAGAUUACGUAUUGAAACGUGUCAACCAAAUGACGGUGUUUUCGUUGAUGUUCCUCAUGUUCACCGUGGGUUUUUCAACGUACUCGUUUGUUAGAAAUCCACUGUGGACAUUGCCCAUAGAAAUUAUCAAUGGUGCCUCGUUUGGCAUGACAUUUUCGGCUGGCAUUUCCUACGCGACUAUGCUGGCACCGAUCGGAGCUGAAGGAUUUUUCCAGAGCAUGUUUAGCACCGCAAUGUAUGGAGUAGGUCAGUCAUCAAAUUAAACUGACGUAUAAAAAAACAUCAUUUUUGAGCCUGAAGGCUUUUGUUCGUGCUGUAGCGAAUUAAUCAUACAUGGUGAUUAAUCUAUUGUAAGACACUCAUUAUCUCGAAAAGUAUUUAUUUACUUGGAGCAUCAUUUGUGAGGCAGCACGGCGGAUAUACACCACUACUCUCUUUCGAUCCAAACUUACAAGUGAAAUUUCUUGUCAACGGAUUGACGGAAAUCAAAUAUUUCGACACCAUAGUAUUUAUUUGAACGUAUACUCCAUCUAUUUGUGUAAUUUUUAAUAUAAGUUGGCAUUAAAAUCAAAAGUAGGUAGUGAUUUUACCCCUAAUAUAAGAGUGACAAAAACAACAUAAAACUAAAAUUGGUCUCCUAUAAAUAUAUACAGUAGAGAAUAAUGUAUAAUGACAUUUUUUUAUAAAAUAUCGUAAUAGAAAAUUUUAUGUGGGUUUGAAAUUUAUAGACACCUUUUGUGGAGGAUUUGGCGGUCAACUUUUAAAAUCCAAAUAAAUUUUUUUUGUGAAUAUUUGAUUUCCGCCAACUUCUUGACGAGAUUUCACUUUGUAGCUUAGACAGGGACAGAGCAAUGGAAUACUGCGUGUGAAUGGUGGCAUAGCACUCGGAAAUCAAUAAUUUUAAUACAAAAAUUUACUUGAACAAAUACUCCAUUCAUACAUAGGAUUUUGAAUAUAGGUUGCCACGUGAAUUUCAAAAGUUGCCCCGCAAAUCCUUCCCAAAAAUGCGUCCAAAAACGUCAAACGCACAUAUAAUUUUCUAUUACACUAUUUAAUAAAAAUGUUUCAUUAUACCUUAUUAUCCAUUUUGUAAAGUCAUAGAAAAAAAUUAUUUUAACAUAAACUUCUGUACACACCUGUCUAUUUUUUAGUAGUUGUCAUGCAAUACAUGACUUCUUUGACCUUUAAAAACAUCCGAUGAAUAAUCCGUUUGUUUGAACAAUGGUGAAAAAUGACAGUUUUUUUUUAUUUAUACUUAUUUCAGCGAUUCCUAAACUUUUGUUGCACACGGACACCUGACGAAAGACUUAGAAAUCGUGGACCCCUUACCAAUACCUUUUGUUUAUAAAAUAUCUCAUGUUAUCAUAAUCAAUAUUUGCGGAUAAAGUCACAGCGAACCCCUGACAUGAAUAUCGCUGACUCUCAUAGUGCCGUGGACCACAGCUUAAGAACCGCUAAUUUAUAUAAUAAUAAUAAUAUGGUCUCGUACGAUUAAUCCAAAAUACAUGUGUGACCAUAUAUUAUAUAUUUGUUUUUUUUUUGUGUAUGUGUUUUCCGCAGGAGCGCCUGUCGGAAGUUUAACCGGCGGUUUUAUGUUCAAAAACUUGGGGAGCAUCAAUUCGUUCAGACUGCUUGGAUUGAUCGCAUUCGUCAUGUUUGUGUCACAGACCACCGUCAACUAUAUCUUAAACCGUUUGAAUGGAAACGAAGACACCAAAGACACGUACACUGUAGUCGCCAUUGAAGAAAACGCUGAAAAAGUCACGAUUUCCGCAUAG